AUUGGUCGCCAGGCGUUCUCCCUCCUGAUUGGUUGACAAAGCUGCUUAUUGGUGGCAGAGCUGUCUUCUAAUAGUAUUUAAUUUCGUAGAUAUUUUUCAAGAAAAUGAAUAAUCUUGUUUAAUAGAAUGAGUCUUGUGUGUUCAUGAAGUGGGAUCAAGGUUUCCUCUCCAAUACUGAUGUCUUAUCAUUAACCAACUGUGUGCAAUACAUAGGCAGUCAUGAGGCCAGGGAGCUUACAUCGUGCAUGCGGAUGGCGCAUUGCACGGAGCCUGAUCACGGCUGUGUGGCAACUCUCAAUCAUAGAAGUCGAUGAAAGGAACCAUCUCAUUAGUGUGCUAAAGUGGUUCAUCGAGCAGUAUGGAGAAGUUCUUUUCUCACGUUUGAUGCAGGACCAGCUCUACAAGAACCUCAUCUCGGGUCUGAGGAGUCGCCAUAACCCACCCAUCUAUCUGACCACCAUGCUUGUGCUUUGCCCAAAGGUCACCAUUGACCAGAUUGCAGUGAUUGAGGACCAUAAUGGCCUUCCGCCCCCUGUCGCAGGCACAGGGCUGGAUAUCACCUCAGAAGAAUGCCGAGCUAUCCUGGACGUCCUCUCUGACUUACGGCAGGGCUGGAAUGGCACCAAGAGCCUUCCAUUUGCUCGCCAAAAUGGGGAGAGCUACCACCUGCCUACCAAGACGCUGGUUCUUGAGGGGGUUUACUUCCAUGACCCUGACUUCCUGCCCUUGCUCUUCAGGGAAAUGCCGGACCUAAGGCACAUUGAGCUCCAGUAUAAUGGAACCCCUUCAGUGCUCCUGGCUCUGAGUGCACACUGCCCUAAGUUGGAGUCACUGUGCUUUCUGGAGCCACGCAUGGAGGUCACAGUGCUGGAAAAGGAUAUCUGGCCCAUCCUCUUUGGGAUUCCUCCACCAUCUGAUCCUAGAAAUCCCUCGGGAAUCCUCACCCGCUUUACCCAAGAGAAGGAUUUCCGUGACAAGUUUGUGUUGCAGUUCCCCAACUUGAAAAAGCUGGAUCUAGAUGAAUUAUACUUCGAGGAGGAGGUGUUGCAUGAUGUGUACAUCUUGGCUCUGGUGUUGCAGCCACAGCUCUCUAGUUUUGGAAAGCACACAGGCCUCACCAGAAGGAUCCUGUCUAAGUUUCGCCAGCUCUGGAAUGUCAAGAACAACAGAUCAGACAGCCAUAUAGAUCUAUAUUUAUCUAAAGCGAAGUUUGUUGAUAGCGUUUGUGAUGUUCCAAAUGAUGCUGAGCUUGAAUUGAGAUAUCUAGAAGAGAUUGUGCCAAUGUUUAAGAUGCUAAAGUCAGUUGAGCUGCAGAAGGGUUACUGGACUGAGAGUGAAGUGGCCCGGUUUUGUCGCAUCUUUGCUGACCGUGUGGAUGCCUUCUCCCUCAGUGACUUGCCCAUCAAUGAGAUAUCGUGUCUGAGCUCAGUCACACACCUACGCCUGACAUUCAUGCGGCAGUACUCCUUUGAACAGGUCCACUUCAUCCUGGAUCACUGCCCCAACCUGCAAACCCUUAGCAUCCACCCAGUGUUCCAGGAGCACCCACAUGUGGGCUGGGAGGGUGCUAUGCCUCUGCAUCGUUUUGGCCAGAUGAUGGAUGAGGAUAGGCAGAUCCUGGAGAACCUCCUCAUAGAUGAGCUUGUGGAGGAGAUGGAGGACCUGCAGGUGUUCCUGGGAGAGGGAGGGGAUGAGCAGGCAGGAGGGAAUGUACUUAGGGCACCUAACUUCCCUGGGGCAAUGGGUGAGGGAGCCCAGCUUCCCCCUGCCGGACAUAGACCCCCUGCACCCUUACAUGAACGGUUGUCCAAGUCUAAGUACACAGUGCAUCAGAAGUUGAUAACUCUACGGAUAGCAUCAUUGUUUGAAGCCACCAAAGAGCCCUCUGAGGCCUUCUUGUCAAGCCUUCUGGAGCGUCUACCCAAUCUCCGCAACCUGUGCUUGGGCAUGUGGAUGGGGGCUCUGAGUCACCGACGCAACCACCUAACCUGCACUGGAAAUGCACUUGUCAACGUUGUCACCAGUUCACAGAAUAGCAAGCCCUUAUUAGCUAAUUUGGAACAGCUGUGCUGCCUGCCUUCUGGCACAGAGCAGACGAUGUGCCUGUCUCUUGCACGGCUGGCAGAUGCCCUGCCUUCCUUGCGGACGCUUGUGGUGCCCGCCCUCGACACCUUCCUCCUCACACCCACUCUGAGGUUCUUCCAGCACACCAGCAUUGACAUCCAGCAUAAGUGUGCCACUGACCAGGUCUUCUCGCACUGGGAGCCAGAGCAUUAGUGAGUCAUGAGGAAGGGGGCUGUGGAUUUUUUUUUCUUUUUUUUUUCUCUUAUCUCUUCACUAUGUGUUUGGGUAAUUUGUCAGUAGAUGGCUACAUGUAUUUGCUUUUUUUUGAACUAGUCACCAUUUUUAUUAUUUCUACAUUUAGAUAUUUGUAAGGUGAAAUUUUCAGCAUUUGUUUUUGGUUGAUGUUCAGAACCUCAUUUUAGGCAAUGAGAUUAUAUACAUAUCCAUUUUCUACCUUUUUUCAUAUGUCUUUAGAUUUACUUCAUGCAAUGAUAGAAUACAUUGUAGUGCUACUUAAAAUUCAAAAGUACAUUAUGUACACUCAUUUGUUCUUCUAUUAUUGCCUGUAAUUUUUUUAAUGAACGGAGUGAUUUUUUUUUCUUUAAGGUAUAUUAUUCAAAGGUUAUUCUGCUUUGUUAUCUUCUGCCAUCUUCAUGUACAUGUAAAAAGAAAACACACACAAACACACAUAAACACACACAAACACAAACACAAACACAAACACAAACACAAACACAAACACACACACACACACACACACACACACACA